AUGGCAGACUCCACUGAUCUUAACCUGGACGAUGCUCCCAGUGACCUUCAAGAUAUUCCAGAUCUGGCGAUGCAAUUGGUCCCUCCUCCGGAGGGGACAUAUCCUGAUAAAGCAACUCUUCUAGCCGCAGUCCAGGAACAUGGCAAAGAGCAUGGCUACAACGUGGUUGUCAAGUCAUCUAGCACGCCCACAGAAAAGAAACCUGGUCGCACUGCUAAGGUAUGGCUGCGCUGUGAUCGUGGGGGCCAUUACCGGCCACGAAACGGCCUGACUGAGGAGACGCGCAAGCGUCGCAGGACCUCGCGAUUGAUGGAUUGUCCUUUUAUGCUCGUCGCCGCAGGCUCUCCAGGUAUUUGGACCUUGACAGUGCUGAACGCGACACAUAAUCAUGGUCCUAUUAUCGAGAAGCCGCGACAGGUGCCUCACCAUAAGGUCCGCAAGGGCCAGCUCCCAGCCAUUCCAUAUGACUGGCCUCAUGAUGCCUCAUUCACCCCAUACACCACUGCGCUUGUGAUCAUUGACAUGCAAAAGGACUUCUGUUUACCCGAGGGCUACAUGGGUUAUCAGGGCUAUGAUGUCUCUGGCGCGCAAGCUUUGAUUCCCCAAUUGCAAAGGCUGCUUGAGGCUUUCCGUUCUGGGGGCUUCCCAGUGUAUCAUACUCGUGAGGGACAUCGACCUGAUUUGUCAACUCUUUCAAGCCGGGAGGCAUACCGAUCCCGCAACAAUACAUCCGGCUUGGGCAUCGGUGCCCCUGGGCCCAUGGGUCGCCUGCUCAUCCGUGGAGAACUGGGCCACGACAUCGUGGACGAACUCUAUCCACGCCUCGGUGAGCCGAUCAUUGACAAGCCCGGUCGAAGUGCCUUUGCACACACCGAUUUCGAGCUUCUCCUGCGCAACAAAGGUGUGAAGAACUUAGUUAUCGCUGGUGUCACCACCGACGUCUGCGUCUCGACAACCAUGCGCGAAGCUAACGACCGUGGCUUUGACUGUGUCGUCUUGGAGGAUGGUACUGCAGCGGCUGAGCCAUCGCUGCACCUGGGAACAAUCGAGUCUGUGAAAAUGGAAGGCGGUAUCUUCGGAUCUGUUGCCAAACUUGAAGAUGUCAUCCAUGCAGUCGAUAAUUUCAAAGCUGUCACCAUGAAAAAGCUGGCCCCUCAAAUGGCCGUCUGA